AGACAUGACGGUCAACAGUGAGUCAGGAUGUUGGUCACUCUCGAGCGUUCAUAUUGGAUGUGUUUAGCGAGAGGAAAGUCAGUCGUCUGUACAGAGAAGUAAAAGAUGAAGCUUCAGUACUCUCUUCUCUGCCUGUGUGCGCUCUUACUUUCUGCCUCGUGUGAGGAGGAAACAUCUGGAGCUCUGAGUCCUAGAGGCCCUCGUCCUGUUGAACCUGGCAUGAAGUCUGACAAAUGUGCCACAGAGAAAGAAUGGCCAUUCUGCACAGAUGAAGAAUGGGGAAGAAAGUGUCCAUCUGGCUGCCGAAUUCAAGGCCUUCUGGAUCAAACUGACCAUGAGAUCCUCAGCAAGAUUGAGAAGAUCCGCAAGCUUCUUGACGAAGGAAAAAAAUUGCAUCGAUCUACAGAUUUGGAGUCCAAAAAUACGUACAACUAUCUGAGAGAGAAGCUUGUUUCCAACGCAGGUAGCGAUAACAGAUACACCGCUCUGGCUGAACAGCUGAGGCAGAGGAUUGUUGAGUUGAAGAUUAAAAUCGACCGUCAGCUGAGAGUGCUGGAGGCUGUGAAAGCUCAAAUUAAAAACCAGUUCAUUGCUGUACAGCGCCUGGAGGUUGACAUUGACAUCAAGCUGCGCAGCUGUAAAGGUUCCUGUGCCAGCUAUGUGGACUUCUCUGUGGAUAAGGAGGGCUACGAAGCUCUGGAAAAGCAGCUGGACCGUCUAGAUACCUUACAGGUCCAGAGUGUUGAGAGUGUCAGUUCCUUGAAGGUACUGAAGAGCAGGCCGUUGAAAGAUGUACAUGUACCAUCCAUCUACAAGGCUGGAACCACUGGAACAGAAAGAGCCGCGCAGAGGAAGACCUUCUUCACUGACGUGGGCCAGCUUCAGCUCUCCCUGGAGGCUGAAGGCUCCACGGCAGAAACAGCCGCCACCGUCAGCAAAGUCAGCACAGGUACGGCUCAAUCUGCACCCAUCUCUUCCUCACGAAUCAGCACCCAAACCCUCAGCUGCACCCAGACCGUCCGCAAGGUAACGACGCACACCAAAGAUGGAAUUCAGGAAAAGUAUGAAACGGUGAGCAGUGGGCCAGGGUGUGACGCCAUUGGAAAACUUGGCAUUUCUGAAGUAGAUCUCCUGAGUGCAGCUAAAGAUGGUAAAGAACUGACUGCUGAUGGCUUCACGGUCAAAGUAACUGGUGGAGAGUCAAAAUCCAUCACCACACUCAACCGUGGUGACGGAGAACUCGGUGGGGACUUUAAGGGACUGGGUUCUAGUGGACAGGAUCAAAGGAUCUCCUCAUCUUUCACUUCUUCCUCAUCCUCAUCCUCAUCCUCUUCCUCCAAAUCCAUCAUUACCGGCGGGAGCAAAGGUAUUCUCUCAGAGACCAAGACCAUCACAUCGCCUUCUUCGCCUCAUGAAUUCGGUGAUGACUUUGGGUUAUUCUCACGUGGCGAGAUAGAAGAUGAUCUUCCUGACCUACACGCUCGCAGUUUGAAGUUCCGUGACGAUCGCAUACCUGAUUUUAUUGGCGGAGAUUGUGUUGAUAUCCAGCAGAAGCACACCAUGGGCGGUCAGAGCGGCCUGUUCAAAGUAAAGCCGGCCGGGUCGGAGGAGGUAGUGGAAGUUUACUGUGACCAGGCCACAGAUUUGGGGGGCUGGGUUCUGAUCCAGCAGAGGGAGGACGGAUCUGUUAACUUCAACCGCACUUGGGAUGAGUAUCGUGUUGGGUUUGGGAAGAUAGACAAGCAUGGAAGGGGCGAGAUUUGGCUUGGGAACCAUGUUUUACAUCUCCUCACUCAGAAAGAAAGUGUUCUGAGAGUGGAGCUGUUAGACUGGGCAGAAAACGAGGCGUACGCAGAAUAUAACAUCCGAGUGGGCUCAGAGACAGAGGGAUUCCAGCUAAGUGUCUCAUCUUACACAGGAGAUGCAGGAGAUGCUCUGGUGCAGGGGCUAGAUAACAUGGGUGCCUUCCUUUCCCACGCUGGGAUGAAGUUUAGCACUUUUGACAGGGAUAAUGACAAGUGGGAGGAGAACUGUGCUGAGAUCUAUGGAGGUGGAUGGUGGUACAAUAACUGCCAGUCUGCCAACCUUAAUGGGAUUUACUACAAGGGUGGGAAGUACGAUCCUGCUAGCAAAAUUCCCUAUGAGGUAGAGAACGGAGUUGUGUGGCUGCCAUUUAAACCAGCUGAUUAUUCCCUUAAAGUGGUCAGAAUGAAGAUUAGGCCACUCUGAACUCUCAAAGAAAUGAAAGAUACAAAUGAUGAAAAUAAGUCAGGUCAAUUCUGCUUGCUAUGCUCUGGACUGGUCACAAUGUGAAAUAAUGCACAAUUAAAUGACGCCAUGUUUUCAAUAAAAAAUGUGUUCACUUCA